AUGAUUGCUGAUCGCCGAUCAGGCGUAAGGUUUUUGGUGGACACUGGAGCCGAUGUGUCUGUUCUGCCUGCGGGCCGCCUGGAUCGCCGUCGUCUAUCUGGAGCAGCGCUCUUCGCUGCUAAUGGCUCCUCAAUCUCCACAUAUGGGAAGAAGAAGAUGGAGCUAGAUUUUGGGCUCAAACGUUCCUUCUUUUGGACUUUCAUCAUCGCCGACGAUACUAAAGCAAUCAUAGGAAAUGAUUUUUUGGAGCAUUUCCAUCUAUUGCCGGACGUGCGCGCGCACAAACUGGUGGACGGCAAGUCAUGGCUGAGUAUUAACUGUCGUAUGUGCUCUUCCAGGGUUCCCACCAUCAGCCGUAUAGCACGAGACAACGAUUUUCACGCUAUCUUGGCUGACUUUCCUUCGCUUCAGCGCAGUACUUGGUUUCCGGCUAAUAAAGUUGCACACAGUGUUGUGCACACUAUUGAAACUACGAGCCCAUCUUUGACGGCUCGUGCACGUCGGCUAGACCCGGAGAAGUUAAAGGCAGCCCGCGACGUCUUCGCGGAAAUGAGGAAUCAGUGCAUCUGCAGAUCUUCCAGCAGUCCUUGGGGCAGUUCAUUACACCUGGUCAGAAAGAAGGAUGGUUGUUUGAUCGUUUUCGCCCCUUAA